AUGGCGGAAGAUAGCUCUGGGGGUGCGCUUAGCAUCGAGAAGCAGUUACACGCGGCCGUGCAAGAACCAGCGGCAGAUAGCUCUGGGAUAAUGGAAUCGAUCGAGAGCUCCAAGGCCACCGAUGCGCCUGUCAGCCAAGUCACCGACGUGCAGUGGAGGGCCAUGUCCGAUGUCCUUAUGAAUAUAUACAACUACAGGGAACAAGAUGGCCAUGACCCUUCGAAACUCUUUCAGAGGAGCGUCAACAAGCGCAAUGUACCGGAUUAUUACGACGUGAUCAAGGAGCCGAUGGCCCUCAGCGUGCUAAAGCAGAAGAUUAAAACCAAGUCCUAUAUGCACUUUGCGGAGUUUGUUAGGGACUGUGCUUUGAUCCCACAUAAUGCGCAAACCUAUAAUCGGCCGAAAUCGAUGGCUUAUGAAGAUGCGCUCGUUAUUAAAGAUGUUAUGAUAUCCGAAUUUCAAAAGCUCGCAGAACAAGAUAUCAUCACCCCCGAAACCGCUGAACUCCCUGAUCUUGGUGAAAUCCCCGAGGCAGAUCCUCUCCCCGCUGAAGAGGAGGAGGAGGAAGAGGAGGAAGAGGAAGAAGAUGAAGAAGCCGAGGAUUCAGAUGAUGAUGGUGCGCGACGAAAGCGUAAACGCGGGCCCCGUGUCGGUUCGAAACGUGAGAGCGGAGCGAAAGACGACCUUCAUAAGGGAGCCGAUCUCGAUGGACGCAAGAAGCGUGGCCGCCCCCCUCGAGUCGACACCCCUAUGGAAGCCAGGAUCAAGGCCGUUCUCAAGGGAAUCCGCAAACUCAAAGACAACAGUGGCCAGAUGAAGGUUCGGCAUUUCGAGCGUCUACCGGAUAAAGGCGCCUAUCCGGAUUACUAUGUGGAAAUAAAGGAGCCGCUGGCUAUAGAUCUCAUCAAGAGGAAGUCCAAGCGGAAGAAGUACACCUCCGUCGACCACUUCAUGAGGGACGUCGACGUCAUGUUCAACAACGCAAAAGCUUAUAACCUUCCGGAAAGCCAGAUAUACAGAGAUGCCGUUGAUCUGCAUCGAGAAGCGCACAGGCUUGCAGAGCAAGAAAAGAACAAGGCGGACAGCGAGUACUUGAUGGAAGACGGGCGACUGCCCUUACCGAAUGGUAUUUCAUACAAGGAUGAGAUCUGGCGGGUUGGUGACUGGGUUCACCUUCAGAAUCCAAAUGAUGCUACAAAACCUAUUGUUGCCCAGCUAUAUAGGACCUGGCAGGACCCUGAAGGAGGUAAAUGGAUCAAUGCCUGCUGGUACUACCGACCUGAGCAGACGGUCCAUCAUUUUGAGAAACAUUUCUUUCCAAACGAGGUCGUCAAGACUGGCCAGUAUCGGGAUCAUAGGAUAGAUGAAGUUGUUGACAGAUGCUUCGUCAUGUUCUUCACACGAUACAAUCGUGGACGGCCGCGAGGACUCCCACACAAUAAAGAGGUCUAUGUUUGCGAAGCCAGAUAUAAUGAAGAAAAGCACAAGCUGAACAAGAUCAAAACAUGGGCAAGUUGCCUCCCAGACGAGGUGCGAGAGAAGGACUAUGAAAUGGAGAUGUUCGACGCCCCCAGGAAGAUCAAGAAGAUACCUAGCCCCAUCAGACACCUUCUCAAGGAGGAUGCAAAGGAGACAGAUGAUCUUCCAAAGCCUACCUGGGGAGCUGAAAAUGCACCGCCCAUCGUAGGAGCGGUUCACUGCCGCCCCCGUGAUGAAAAUGAAUCCCCUCCCCCAGAGCCAACGCCGUCGCCACCUCCGCCACAGCUUCACCCACAUCCACCUUUGGCAAUGCCGAGACAGCCUUCGUUGCCUCAACCCCAUCCCCCUAUGCAACAUAUGCCUGGCCAGGAUCAUCUCCGCAAUAACUCUAUUCCACCCCUCCCCGGCCGUCUACCCCAUCCUCCCCAUCUCGCUGCUACCCCUCAAACCCCCAUGAUGCCAGGCAGGCCACAUCAAUAUAACCAAACACCGCCAAAUAUGCCUGUAUACCCAGUCAACCACAACCGUAACCCUCCAGCUCUCCCACAAACGCCACAGCCUUCAUACCAAGCCCCUCAGCCAGUACAACCUUACUCAGUUCCUCAUAAUUUCCCUUCUUACCAAGGCAACCGCCCUCCUCAAGCAUCCAUCCCUCCCCCUAUUUACAACCCCAAUGCACCGCGGAGUGUAGAAACCUUCCAUCUUCGUGACGGGCUAGAUCAAUCAAUUCCGAAAGAGAUACGAGACCAAUUCCAGCAAGACUCCCAAGGCCGAGUUAUUUUCUUCAGUAUCCCACCGCUGGAUGUGGUGCCAACCGGCCACCAGGGGUUAAGCCAUUCGAUCAAGUACCUUGCAGCUAAAGAAAGACGACAAACGCUAAAAGAUGCCAACGGCAGCAAAGCAGCCGGGGACACCGAGGAGCCUCAGGCAAAGAAACGAAGGACUGAGACUCCAGCUGCGACGGAGAACGGAAAAUCAGAGAAGAAAGCGAAUUUUGAAGCCGAAGCUAUGAAAGUGAUUGCAGAAUCGAUUUGCAAAAGCAAUGCAGACUUCUAUCAUUUCCAUUACGGUGAUCAAGCCGCGGCUGUUAUGAAGGAAGACCUUCGAACUCUUGAAUCUAGAUGUGUUACGAAGCCUCCCCAAGCCAAAGAACCUAUGUUUGUCUCAUGCGAGCCAACAACAAGCUGCAGGGGGAAUUUUAGGAGCUCAAAUUGA